CGCGCGUUGGGUCAUGUCGCGAAGGUCCGCAUCGAAGCUCACCGCGCUCGCCGCGCGCGUCGCGUCGUCGUCGUCGUCGUCGCCCGCGGGUGGCGUCGCGUCGUCGCCGUCCGGGUUCAACCGCGCCGCGGCGGCGCUCCUCGCCGGGGCGCCCGCGCGACGCGGAGCCCCGGGAUCUUCCCCUUGGGGUGCCGUGGGGGGCGCGACCCGCGCGGUCUCUUUCGGAGCGCUCGUCGCACCCCGCGGAGGCUUCGCGCAGCAGCCGCACGGGCUUCACCACCACCGCCGAGGCAUCUUCAUCCAGACGCAGACCACCCCGAACCCGGCGUCCUUGAUGUUCAUGCCCGGCAAGCCCGUGUACGAGGAGGGCGGGACGAAGAAUUUCGCAAACCCGCGCGAGGGGAUGGCCAGCCCGCUGGCCAAGAAACUCUUCCUCAUCGACGGGGUCACCUCCGUCUUCUUCGGCCAGGACUUCGUCACGGUGACGAAGAGCGAGGAGCACGAGUGGGGGACGCUGAAACCCGAGGUGUUCGCGGCGAUCAUGGACUAUUACGCGUCCGGCGAGCCGAUCAUCACGGAUGAGGCGGAGCUGGCCAACGCCGGGACAGCCAUCACCGAGGACGACGACGAGAUCGUGGCGAUGAUCAAGGAGCUCCUGGAGACCCGCAUUCGCCCCGCGGUCGCGGAGGACGGCGGCGACAUCGUGUUCAAGGGAUGGAACGCCGACACCGGGGUCGUCACGGUCAAGAUGCAGGGAGCGUGCGACGGGUGCCCGAGCUCCAGCGUCACGCUCAAGAGCGGCAUCGAGAACAUGCUGAGGCACUACGUCCCGGAGGUGAACAGCGUGGAGCAGGAGGUGGAGGAAGGGGAGGGGAUGGAUUUGCUGGACAUGGCGACCAUGAACCGAUAGGAGGAGGGGACGGGCGCGCUUGUAAGAGUACGUUAAUUCGUUUGUUUACAUCGUUAUCCUGUGUCGUCAUCCUGCUUGAUUUCUUUGUAAGCCUUGGCGCCGGCUUGCGAGAGGAUCAGGUUCAUGCUCACCAAAGACUGGAACCAGGAACUCCCUUCGCCAACAUCGUAAAAAUGCGGCGAGCCAACAUCUCUUCCCAGUUCAGCUCCAUGCUUCGUGUUCUCAGAUUCAAGUGCGCUGAAUGCCGUCAGAUUGCAUUCAGGGUAGAUUCUCUGGUUGCUGACACUUGCUUUGCGGAAUGCCUGUAAAUACCUGACGUAAUCAUCUAUCCGCUCGGGGUUGACACAGAAAUGAUCUACUGUCAAGCAUUUGAAUCCAAGAAUGUCCAAAGGAGUGUAACAUCCGUUGCGAAGAUGCUCCUUCUCUUCACUUGAGCACAGCCACCAAUGACAGUCGGGAGUCUGCAUCAAAUAUUUGCCAUCAACAACUGCGUUGACGUCAGCGCCAGCCGUGAGCAGUGCAACCACGGAUCCCAUGUCCAUGCGUAAUACGGCGGCGUGCAAGGGUGUGCAGAAGUGAGGCCCCUUCUUUUUGUUCACAUCCGCACCUAGCCUGAUGAGCUCCAUCACAACGUCUGUCCGGCGCUGCUCGGCGGCGAGGAGCAGAGGAGUGUUACCUCUGGAGUCAUAGGCGUCAACGUCGGCUCCGGCUUCUACGAGAAGUCUCAUCACUUUUGGCUGGCCGUACAGAGCGGCUAAGUGAAGAGGUGUAUGCCAGCCAGAGGAGUAUACGCAUUGCAUAUAGUCCGAUUGGGCGUGCACGUCGUGUUCGCCCGCUUCAAUCAUGGCUUUGAUCGCCGGAAGGUUGCCAGAGCGCACAGCCGUCUCGAGGGGAUAGUCAGUCGCAUGAUCCUGCCAAUGUAUCGUUAUAUUAUAAAUUUUAUUCCAUGCUC